UGACUAACACGGAAGUCAACAAAGCGGCGACAUGUAGCGACAAACAGCACAAUUCUCUCUUUCUCUUAACUUCCUGUUGUUCUGCCUCUCGCUUGACGGCGGCUCCAUGUUUUUUUUAAAAGAAGCGACUUCCUAAAUGUGACUGUGUACUUUUUCCAUCCGACGUGUUGUUCGUACUUUGAACCGAUAUCUGUCUGGUGGGUUAGAAAAAUGAAAAAUGAUUCUCUGCUGUCCAGCGUCAAUGUGGUGCUUGUCAUGGCCUACGGGAGUCUGAUUUUUGUUUUGCUGUUCAUCUUUGUCAAAAGACAAAUUAUGCGGUUUGCCGUGAAGUCUCGGAGAGGACCACAUGUUCCCCUCGGCCAUAAUGCACCAAAGGAACUGAAACAAGAAAUUGAAGCCAAACUGUGUCAGGUUCAGAAAAUCCACUUUGAGCCUCGUCUGCUGUCUCCAGAUGACGACCGGAUAAAGCACAGAGCACAGAAUGGUACCUAUGACUACUUGUACAGGAUGAGAGCGCUGGAUGCCAUCAGGGACACUGAUUUACCUUUCCGCGACCUGGGUGGGACGUCCACCGCUGUGACGGGGAAGCGAUUUCGGACCUGGGCUCUGCAGCUACGCAAUAACCACUGCAUGUUCCGGGACAGCCAAAGCUCGCUCAUCGACGCGGUGCUGGAUGGAUACAAUAGAGCCAGACACGGGGCUGAGGUUUUUGGAGAGGCAGAGUUCUUAAAAUACCAAGAAGCUCUUACUGAACUGGCGUCUGCCGUGAAGUCUCACAGCAGCAGCAGCACUCCCAGCCAGCACCACCAGUCUGCAGCCAAAGACCUGACCAGCACCACGGAGCCGGCGAGCUCCGCCUCCUCCCCCACCCAGACCACCUACCUCAUCUCUACGAUGCAGCAGCGCAGCAAGAGGCCCAGACACUUCCUGGAGCUGAAGAACUUCAAAGACAACUACAACACUCUGGACAGUACGCUCUGAAAACCAACCGCUGAUGGCCGUCCAAAGGAAAAGGUCGAGGCAGUGUGGCCAGUGGUUCCAGCUGCUGUGGACUGGGAUGGGGUUACUGUCGCCGCAUCCUUUUCAAGUGAUGUAACAAAAACACAGCCUUCCUACAUUAACACAUAUGACCUGUUUUACUGCACAGUCCAUAUCAGACUACUGGCCUAGUGCUCUUUACCUAAGUGUAGCUUUAGCGUAUAUUCUGUAUUAUAUCAUGUGUCAGCGCUUUAUAUAUACGUACACAGAUACUGUGACUGUAACGAGCGUGGUUGACUGGACCAAAACAAAAAUGCAAAUAUGCAAUGGCGGAAGACAAUCAGUAUUUAUUGCACAAUGUAAAAGCCUAUGCAGGAUUGUUGAACCUAUCCCACUGUAUUUAAUCAUGCUGAUAGUUGCGGGUGCUACUGGUGUUAAUGGCUGCUUCACUUUACUGAGAAUCACACACUGAAUACGUUGUCUGUGUCUGUUUGUGUCUGUUUGUGUCUGUUUGUGUCUGUUUGUGUCUGUUUGCGUCUCUACUGUUAAUCUGCUGCUGUGAAUUCAGCCUCGUUUUAAGUGUCAAAUGUUUGUUUUUCCAAAAGCCAUACUUGAUUGGAUGAAUUUUGAUGAUUAAGUGCUCUUGUAACUUAAUAAUUUCCCUCAGUGCAAUGUUAUUUAACAGUAUUCCAGUAUGUCCAUGUCCUCUGACUAAGAGGUUCUGUCCCUGGGGUUGCUCUGACCUGGUUCUGCCUGUAAGGUGUUAAGGAUUCCCCCGGAGGAGUACUCGUGCCUGAAUGAUUUUUUUUAAUUUUUUUUUGUGGUAUUUACUUGAUAAGUUGCCAUCCAAAUAAAAAUUAACAUAAAGUUGA